UUAUAAAAGGCUGCUGGUGAUCAGUACAGUUCUAGCUAACAAGCAUGUUCAAUUCUCAUGACUCACAUGGGUUUGCCUCUAAUGUAAUCAUUAAAGUAAUUAUCUGGUUCUGGUCUAUGGAGAUUAAUUUUUGCUGGGAGAUUAAGAUAUUUGUGAUUGUGCAUCUACCCUUCCUUUUUAAACUGCUUAAAUCAGCGUCAGAGCUUUUGCAAGAAGAAAGUGUGAAAAGGGUGUCUUUUGAUAGUUUACUCAUUGCAGAUCAGUGCCUAAAUAUUUUUAAGAACUUCAAGAGAUUCGGUUUGGAGAUUGAGGCAUAGAAAACUAUGGAUCUUGGGCAUGGAAAAUGUUGGGAUACCUCAAAGAAGGAUUCUUGGAAGACACUUCUGAUUUUGGCUUAUCAGAGUCUUGGAGUGGUGUAUGGGGACCUUAGCACUUCCCCUCUCUAUGUUUACAAAAGUACAUUUGCAGAAGACAUCAAACAUUCAGAUUCUAAUGAAGAGAUUUUUGGUGUUUUAUCAUUUAUUUUCUGGACUCUCACUUUGAUCCCCUUGUUCAAAUAUGUGUUUGUUGUCUUAAGAGCUGAUGAUAAUGGAGAGGGUGGUACUUUUGCGCUGUAUUCUUUGAUAUGCCGGCAUGCAAAGGUUAGCCUUUUGCCCAAUAGACAGGUUUUAGAUGAAGCACUCUCCACUUACAAAAUGGAGCACCCUCCAGAAAAGAAGAACAGUUCAAGGGUUAAAACUUACCUUGAGAAGCACAAGGGAUUGCAUACUGCUUUGCUGAUUUUGGUUCUUCUUGGUACUUGUAUGGUAAUUGGAGAUGGAUUGCUUACUCCAGCAAUUUCUGUUUUUUCUGCAGUUUCCGGCCUUGAAUUAUCCAUGUCCAAGGAGCAUCAUCAGUAUGCUGUGAUUCCAAUCACUUGCUUCAUCUUGGUUUGUCUUUUUGCACUUCAACACUACGGCACACAUCGGGUGGGAUUUUUCUUCGCACCAAUUGUCUUGACAUGGCUGCUAUGCAUCAGUGCCCUUGGCUUAUAUAACAUAAUCCACUGGAAUCCAUAUGUCUAUCAAGCUCUUUCUCCAUAUUACAUGUUCAAGUUCUUAAAGAAAACAAGGAAAGGCGGAUGGAUGUCUUUGGGUGGAAUACUGUUGUGCAUAACAGGUUCAGAGGCAAUGUUUGCUGAUCUUGGCCAUUUCUCGUAUGCUGCAAUUCAGAUUGCUUUCACCUUUCUGGUUUAUCCAGCACUUAUAUUGGCAUAUAUGGGGCAAGCUGCUUAUCUGUCGCAGCAUCAUGACAACAAUAAUCACAUUGGUUUUUAUAUUUCUGUACCAGAAAAAUUGAGGUUGCCAGUGCUCAUAAUAGCUAUUCUCGCUUCUGUGGUUGGAAGCCAAGCAAUCAUCAGUGGGACAUUCUCUAUUAUAAACCAGAGCCAGUCACUUGGCUGUUUCCCCAAAGUAAAGGUUGUUCACACCUCUGAUGAGAUACAUGGCCAGAUAUAUAUCCCUGAGAUCAAUUGGAUUCUCAUGAUCCUCUGUAUUGCUGUGACAAUUGGAUUUAGAGAUACAAAACACAUGGGAAAUGCAUCGGGAUUAGCAGUGAUGACAGUGAUGCUAGUGACCACUUGCCUUACUUCCCUGGUUAUCAUUGUUUGCUGGAACAAGCCCCCUAUUUUAGCUCUUGCUUUUCUACUUUUCUUUGGCACAGUUGAAUUACUUUACUUCUCAGCUUCACUCACCAAGUUCACAGAGGGUGCCUGGCUCCCCAUCCUCUUAGCCCUUUUCCUCAUGACUAUCAUGUUUGUUUGGCAUUAUGCCACCAUUAAAAAAUAUGAAUUUGACCUUCAUAACAAAGUAUCACUGGACUGGCUUUUAGCUCUAGGUCCAAGCUUAGGAAUUGCUCGAGUACCUGGCAUUGGCUUAGUUUUCACUGAUCUCACCUCUGGCAUCCCUGCUAACUUUUCCCGCUUUGUCACUAACCUCCCUGCAUUUCAUCGUAUCCUUGUCUUCGUGUGUGUAAAAUCAGUGCCUGUCCCUCACGUGCCCCCUGCUGAAAGGUAUCUUGUUGGUCGUGUGGGCCCUCCAUCUCAUCGAUCAUAUAGAUGCAUUGUUCGGUAUGGAUACCGUGAUGUGCACCAGGAUGUUGAUUCUUUUGAAUCUGAGCUAGUUGCCAGACUGGCGGAUUUCAUCAAGUAUGAUUGCCAUCGAAGGCAUGGGAGUGACUCAUGUACAGAUGAUGAUGCACCUCGAUCCAAUGAAUCAACGAGUGAAUGUAGAUUAGCAGUGAUUGGAACAAUGUCAUUUUCCGGCACACCAGCUUACGAGAUUGAAGAGAAUGUGCAGCCAGCAAGUGUAUCAGGCGGAUUUUCGACAGUGGAAAGUAUGGCUGACAUUAUUGAAAUGGAACCCGUUGGGGUUACACAAAGAAGGGUGAGGUUCGCCAUCGAUGAUGAAUCUGAAACGCAUCUAGAAUCUGAUAUGAAUGUGCAGUUAAAAGAAGAGCUAGAAGAUCUGUUUGCAGCUCAACAAGCCGGUACUGCAUUUAUACUGGGGCAUUCACAUGUUCAAGCAAAACAAGGGUCAUCUCUCCUAAAGAGAUUAGCUAUUAAUUUUGGCUAUAAUUUCCUUGGAAGGAACUGCAGGGGGCCAGAUGUGGCGCUCAAAGUUCCACCAGGGUCUCUUCUAGAGGUUGGCAUGGUUUAUGUUGUGUAA